GCUGCGGAGAAGGGAUAACGGUGUCCUCGGUUCGUGAUUUGCGCGCUGCGCGUGCAUCGCGCUUCCAUUGGCCGGGUUACCUGGGCGGCCGACGAAUCAGCCAUUCAUUUCUGAAACUCCGCGCCAACGGCGCUAGUAAAACCCUUCCGAGAGGAAGAGAGACAGACUAACGGAACAAGGGAUGAAAUGUACGCGCGCGCGCCAGAAAGAAAGAGAGAGAGAGAGAGAGAAUGAGUAUCGAAGUUUCGAUGUUUCGAAUGCGCUCGACAUCGAUAGCCGCUGCCGCGCCAACAUCGUGCACGUCCUCGCGACAGUACGGUGGCCGAUGUCCUCGCGUGUCGCAGGAAUCGCAGCGAGCGAGACGAGCGAAGGGAGAACGAAGGGGAAACGCGGAGAGAAAGUGACGCUAGAACCGUAACAAGAUAAAAAAAAAAUAAAUAAAAUAAAAGCAUAGAAAUAAAAAAAAGGAAGAGAAGCGAAGCGCCAGUCGGUGAUGACCGAUAGUGGUAGUGGUAGUAGUGGCGGCGGUGGUGGUGGUGGUGGGGGGUGAUAGCGGCGACGAGUGGGGCGCGGAGUACGCUCUCUCGCGGUAGUUGCGCCAAGCGUCAGUGUCAAUAUGGCCGUUGACGUGAGCGCAGUAUGCGUAAAGACGUGGACGCGAUAGUAGUCUCGAUUCGAUCCCCCUAACAUGAGGUAUACUACGACCAGGAGGGACGCUUUUACGUAAUAUAUACCACCCCCGGACGUACAAACGGACGUACCCGGCGACGUACAAAAUGAACUGCGCCGCGCCGAAGGUGGCGGCAGCCGCGAACGGUGAGCAGAUCGGCGUGGUACAAGAUAUCAAAAACGCAAUGUUUAACAAUGGAGGAUCUAAAAUAAACAGUGACGACGCCAAAUCAACAGUUAUAGAAUUAUUCCCAUGGGUCUCAGAAUUUAAGAAAAUGUGUAAAUGUAUAUACGCAGACAAAAGUAUGGCUUCUUUGGCAGAGCUUAUGCAGUAUUAUAUCAGAAAUGUAAGUAUUAGUGUGAAUGAAUGUUAUACAAAGCCUUUAAAAGCAGCCAAGCUGAAGGAUUCUAUUAGUGAAACUUUAUUUUUAUUCUUAUAUAUCUAUCGCGAGCUUUCUGAGGACCGUAAUAGAUCUAUUUACUUAAAUAACAUGUCCGAUUUAUUGGCAUUGUACAUAGAUAUGGAAUUAAAAGCUUCAAGAAAAAGUAAAGAAGAUCAUAGUAGAAUUUGUACAAGACUUAUUUCUUGUCUUUAUAUAUAUCUAGAACAUUCUACCGAGCAUUUGUUAGAUACUUUGAUAAAAAUACAGUUUAUGUGCCGGGGUUAUCACCGUAUUUUAGAUCCGAUAAUGAAAAAAAUAACUAAUAAAAUUCCAGCGCAUCCCGAAUCAAAUAUUAUGUACAUUCGUUACCUUCUUAUUUAUUAUCUUUGGAGAAAGGUAAAUAGCGAUAUGGCCGUGAAAAGUCAAAUUACUACAACCGCAAUUGCCUCUUUGGGAGCACCACCAGCUGCUUUCCCACCGUGCGUGUUAGAAGAUGUAUUACCAAAAGUGCCAAAGUGUCAACCAAAUCCAGCAAGAUACCUAAUGCAGCAGAAAUUUGACAUAAGGAAAUGUUGCGAAUUAUUUAUACAAUUCUGAGAGACCAGAGAAGGUAUAUGGCAGAAAAAAAGUGAAAAUACAACUAUUACUCCAAACUUAUCCAAGAAAACUGCGUCACAACAGCUGGAAGUUACAUCACGCGAAAAUGAAAAUUUGGAUUGUAUAAAAAAUAAGUCCAAUCUUACUUCCUCGAAUAAGAUUACACAAAAUGACUCUGUUUUAUUAGAUAAUUUAAAAAUUUCAAAUUUAACAGAACAAACAAAUAUUAAACCUUUAGGCACGAUUUCUACAAAUAUUUCUGUAGCACGGAAUAUUCUUAAGCAAAUAAAACCAAAAGUGCUUCCACAAAAGAAGGCUAAAAAAUCUAAUAAAAUUGUAAUAAUUGAUCUUACGACUGAUAUUGCUUUCGAACAAUGUAUAAAGAAGAGGAAAUCAAGAAAAGUUGCAUGGCUUGAAGAAGCUAAGAGAAAACUCGAUACAAAAGCGAUAAGAGCGUCACAGAAGAUUAAGAAACAGCAGAUGAUAGAGAAUGUAACCUCCUUGAAGAAAAUGGCUCUCGAUCAGCAAUUAGAAGAUUUUCUUCAAUCCAUAUCUGCCACAGAAAAUACAUGUUUAAAAAAUAAUUCGAAUGCAUCUACAAUAUGGGACAUAAAGUUAAAUAAUGAUAAAAUGAAAUCAAUACAAUAUUUUGAAACAGAAUAUAAAAGUACAUCAGUUAAUGGUAACACAAUAUCUACAACACAAUUAACGGAUAUGAACAGCAGUGACAAAAGUAAAAUUGUUGGGAUAUCCCAAACAGUCUCUUCUUCUGUAAUCGUUGAUAGUCCACAGUCUAAUAAAUCUAAAAUUUUUACAAAAUCGUUAUUGGAUGUUUCAAAUAACACUAAUAACAUUAGUAAAUGCAAUGAUGUUAAUACUACUUUGGAGACAAAGAAUGAUGAAAAGAUGAACAAUAGAUAUAAUGCACAGACUGUGAUUAAACGACUGCUAGAAAAAGAUACUCCGCCUGAAAGUGAAACAUGUAAAAAAGUUGAAAGUUUAAGGAAAAUCUGUGAUUUAGGAACAGAGCACUCUAAAACUGUAAAUAUUCUUCCCGCGAUAUAUACCCAAAAUUCCAAAGAUGAAGAUGUUGAUUCUAAUAAUGCUAAUUAUCUUAGUACAACUAAAGAUAAAUCGUUGUAUGUAAUUUCGUCUUCAGUACAUAUGCAUUAUACAAAUAAUGAAAAAGAUGAAACGAUUGACAAAACAAUAGAUGAUUUCAUUGAUAAUGAAAAAUCUAUGCAAGAACAUAUUCAUAAAUUAAUAAGUAACGAAACACAGUGUCUGAAAUCAAUUACAGUCGAAGAUGAAUUAAAUAAAGAAAAAUAUGCAGUUUCCACAAUAGCAGUUGAAACUUUUACUAAGCCAACUAUAAAUAAUCCAGAGGCACCAAUAAGUGAUGCAAUAGAAUCUGAACGGUUACAACAUUUAUGCAUUACUGAAAAUAUAGAGCAACCAAAGGAGUCUGAAUCUCAGGAUGAAUAUGUAUCAGCAAGACACAAUAUUGCAAAUAAUACUAUAAGUCUUAGUAUAAAGGAUGAAGACCAUUCUAAUGUACAAACAGAUUUAGAAGUUGGUACUUGCAUCGAAAUAAGCGAUAACAUAAGAAAUAGUAAAGCCUCUAAUCAUAAAAUCAGAGAAACUAUUUUUGAAAAUUGCACAGCUGAUAAGAAAAAUAUUUCUAAUAUCUUCAAUACGUCACUGUGUUCAAAAAAAGAAGAGGUUAAUGAUGAAAAGAAUAUCGAUCUAAAAACAGAUGAUAAAGAAAAUGAAGAACUCAAACCAAAAAGGAAUUAUGAUAAAGAACAUAAUGUAGAAGAAUUAAAAAACUCUUCUGUAUUGCAUACUAAAGUUGAUGAGAAAGAUCAUAAUUUUGACCAAACACAUGAUCAUAAACUGAAGAAGCUUAAAAUAUCUCACACGAGAAGUAUUCGAGAUUCAUCAGAAGAUAAAUGUAUCAUUCAAGAUGCAGAAUUACAGGAUAAUAUAGAUGGGCUUUCAUUAUUAGCCAAUGUUAUCGCAAGUCAACAAGUAUCUCAUCUAAAAACUGAGCGUGAAUUGCAAUGUGAACAAAUCAAAGUUAAAGAUUAUGCAUUGUUAAGAAAUUCUUAUAAUCAAACUACUGACGAUGAAGUCAGUACCAACGACUUAUCGAAUACAGUUUCUCAAAUUUUGGAAAAUCCAACUGCUGACGUAAUCAAUAAAAUAGUUAGAAUUUAUCCAGAGGACGCAUUGGACAAAGUAGCGCUUCAUGUUGAAGUGACAUCGACAACUGAUAUAAAUCCCGUCGAUCCUCGCAUAAACAAUUCGAGCAAUAGCGUUCCGCAUAUCGUUGAAACCACUAUAAAUUACGAAACGGACACGUUGUCUAAUAAUUUAAACAUGGCAGAAAAUAAUGUGCAGUCGAUAAAGGAAAAUACGAACGUUAUAUUAAAUGGGGAAACAGUUGUGCUCUUACAAAAAUCUCCCAAUAGCAAUUUGUACAUCAUCAAUAAAGCAGUGGAAAAUGCACGCGAUCACAAUAGCGACGAUGAGAAUUGUCCAGUAAAAGAGAAAAAUUGGAUGAUCCCACCGGAGGAUUGUGCAUCAUUUGAAGUCGUUAAUAUGUCAGAGCACAUUUCUUUUAAUUUGGAUCUGCCGCAAUAUGGCAAAGAAUUAUCAUGCCAAGAAAAUAAAUUUUCUGUCGGCAGGAACAAGAGUAUAAAAAUCGAACCCGAGGAAAAAAGUUUAAUGAGUAUCACAGAGAUGAAAUCUUAUGGUAAGAAAGGUUCAUUGUCGGCCGACGUGACAUUACCUGCGACAUCGCAAAUUUAUCAGGACACGAAUGUUGCGAAUGUGAGCAUCAGCAGCAAGUCGAUCGAUAAACGAAAAUCCAAAUCCAUCCUUACUUAUAGACAAAAUAUUAAACAAGAGUUUAGCAAUCAUAUUACACCGAAUUGCGGAAUACAAGGAUGCAACGGAAUACAUACGCAUCCGCAUGAAGUGAUUGAUUCGCAGCAUUCGUUACAUAUUCCAGUCACUCAUCCCACAACGAUAUCCUCGAUUUAUGGGAAUUGUGCUGCCGGUACAGAUCUCUGUAUGCCAUAUCACAAGCAUUGCACUUCCGUGUCGUGUAGUCUACAAAUUAAUUCCACUACUUCGCUCCAUUCCCAUACGAAAUCUGCCAAUUCAUGCGGUAGAUCGCACUGCUCAUGCCUAAAUUGUACGUACGAUAUAGUCACGCAUUGCAGACAGUGUAUACACCCUGCCACAGAUUCCCAUGUGUCUUGUAUUGAAAGUAAUUCUUAUUUUUUGCCCGCGCAUUCGUCAGUACAAACAUCCGCCGUCCAAGAGCACGAUAGGACAAAAAGCGAAGCGGUAAUAAGUAAACUGUAUGACGAUCAAAUAUUGCGUAAAAUAGAGCAAAGAGUAUCGCUACAAAAUAAUACGUUGGAGAAACUGGACGUGCAAAGAGAACCGGAUAAGUUAUUCAAGAAAGAUAUGGAGAACAAAUUGCCGCUGAAGAAGAGAUUGAAGGCUCAUGCCAUGAUGUCCAUGGUGUAUGAAAAGGUACCCAUCAAGGCGGAAAAAUUGGAUAACUAUCCUGGAAUUCCCAUGAUAUCCAUAGCAGCCUUGGAAGCAUUAGAUAGUGCACAGAAACAUCCCACACAAAUUAUUAAAUCAUCAUAUGAAUUAUCCCCUACUGAAGAAGAGAAUAAUCCACAUGGUAGUUAUCAUUUCAAUUCGAAUAUAGUGCGGAGGGAUUACUGCAAGGAUAUCCACAUUUCUAAUGCACAUCACAAUCUUGCGAAAGAAAGUACAAGAAAUCACGAGCGCCAGUUUCGACCGAACGGUGAUCAGACUAACACAGUGUGUCUAAAACGUUGUCAAGACAGAACAUUUAAAACUCCUGCGCAGCGUAGAGAUAUAACAGCAACGGAUCCGACAUCUCUGAAACGUAUAACCACAGAGACAAUGGAACAGGAUAACACGUGUAAGAAGGCGAAAAAAAUGCAGUCAUCUAUUAGACAAACGAGAAGCUCAAAAAGAAACGUUCCUAAGGUAAAUUAUUGUUACACCGAUGUUGAUCCAGAAUGGAAUCCGUCCGGUGAGUCAAAACGAAGGCGUAAGAAGACUAGUCGAUGAUCAAUACUAUUUCAUUAUGAGAAGUCACUGCUGUAAAAAAAAAGAGAAGAAAAACGAUCUAUAUAGAUCGGAAUAUGGAUAAAUGUGUUCUUCAAGCUGUGUGGCACUGUAAAUUUGUAAAUAUAUGUACAAAGAAAAGUGAAAAAAAUCUCGUCCUAGGAAGAAUUUUAGAGAUAGACCGUUCAGCGUGUUCAAGAUUAGUAUCAGCAAAGAGAUAGAUUAGCUGCAUAGAAGAUUCUGCAUAAAAUAUUUUUGAUGUUUAGUUAGAUAUCGCUAGAAGCAAGUUGUAGAGAAUUUUAUUCCAUUAAACGUCAUCUCUACCUUGCAAUAUUGUACAUUAUAUAAGGCUUUGUAAGAUAAUAUUUGUAUGUUAAUAUUUAAAUUUUAAUAUUUUGCCGCGUGGUUGCACAGCUACGUCUGUCAUUAACUAUAAUUUUUUUAAUCAAAAAAUUCUUUUUUUAAAUUCCUAUAAAAUAAGAUUAAAGUUUCUAUAUAGUUUUUCGUAAUAUGUAUAUAUAUAUGUAUAUAUAUAUAUAUAUAUAUAAUCAAUGCCAAACACACAGAAACUUAUGAAAACAAAGUAAUAUUGAAGUAAUAUCAUUUUUGAGGUUCCUGAAGAAAAUAAAUAUAGAUUCAGGAAUGUAAUACGACCAGAUUGAUAAUUGAAAAAAUUAUGAGUGUAUAAAAUUUAAAAUCCAACUUCUCUAAAAACACAUACAGGAUACACCAUGUGCCAGGAACAUAUUUACAUAGAUUAAUUACCCGCUUAGACUCUUGAGUAACUUCGAGCAAGUGUUUAAUGCAAGCACAUAAUGUCAAUAAAUUCGCCGAAUGGUGCAAAAUUAUUUGUAUUGCCGUACAAUUAUAAAAACUGAAAAUGUUUAACUUUUUUUCGACUUUGUAAUCUGCCCUCUUAUAUAUAUAGAGAGAGAUGCAGUCCUAUAUAUUAUAUAUAUCGGAAAAAAGCUAUUGUUUAAUAUAAAUUUAUACAUACAGGUACCUAUCAAAGGAAGUAGAGUAGUUAGUCAGUCGCGAUUCAUAAAACAACAAAAAACUUCAGGUCUCUUAGAAAAAAGAAAAGAUAGUAUGCUACAUAUAAUUGUGAAAGUAUUCCAUAUAUUUUUCUUGUACGAGUGUCCAUCUUUCGUUCGUAAAAUACGAGCCAUGUGUGCGGUAUUCUAAAAAAAAAAUUUAAUGAUCUAAUCGAGCUUGAUAAAUAAAAUGAAAUUGAGGCAUGCAAGAAAAAUGCACAAUUUAGAUAUUGUAUAGUUACCAAGAUAGAAAAGCUUUACAACUAGCAAGCAUUGUGUAGCUUGUUCCUAUAUUCAAUAUUUCAGUUUAUAUAUCUGGAAUCUUGCUUUAAGAACUGAUUAAUAUUAAUAAUAUAUAUACAUAUAUAUAUAUAUAUAUAUAUAUAUAUAUGUGUAUAUGUAUGUGUGUGUGUGUGUGUGUGUGUG